GUCUAGUUUAUGUUUAUAUAAUAAAUUUGUAUGUAAAAACAUUUUCUAUGUGUGCAUAAUGUAAUGUCAUACGAUUGUACUCUGUGUCCGUACUACUCCCACAUUCACAAGUCGCGUGUUGAAAGUGGGAACUCGAGACUACAAUUUGAUAAAAUUUCGGAUCGAAUUUGAGAGAUGUGAAUAAACAGUGUUUGAUAACGAACAAUAACAUCAAGAUGUAUCGGAAAUUGAUGUGGUGUUACGUUUUCGUAUUGACUUUAUUAGAUUUAUCGCUCAACAGCAAACUGACAGCCCAGGGAAAGAGCCAUGGUGUCACAGUCCACGACUCGCUGGUGGAGGGCAUCACAUUUCAGGAAUGGGGCUCGGAGGCAGGCGCGGGCGCCGCCGCAGGCUCCGGGCGCGCGUUGCCGCCAGCGGCGCUCCGUGCGUCGCCGCCGGCGCUGGCGCUGGGCCGCGCCGCGCUCGGCGCCGCGCACGCCGCCACCGUCACGCUCACCAACACCGCCAACACCACCAUGCACCUGGCCUCUAUAGCUGGCACCACGCCCGACUUCCACGCCUCAUUCUUCGACGCCAAGACAUUGGCGUGCGGUGCCAACACUUCUUUCAGCGUGGUGUUCCUCGGGCGGCGCGAGGGGCCCGUGUCGCAGCACCUUUACAUCCACACCUCGCUGGGCGUGCUUAAAUACCCGGUGUCAGCGAUAGGUGUGGCCAGCGAGUGGGCACUGUGGCCCCUGGUGGGCGUGCGCGUGCCGCACAACGCCACGCUGCGCCCGCUGCUGCACAUGCACAACCCCACCGAUCACCCGGUGCAGGUGAUGGAGAUGUACUCAUCAGCAUCAUGGCUGGGCCUCCAGCUGCCUGAGGGCGGGGCGUCAGCGCCGCGCGAGCACUGGACGCUGCCUCCCCACUCCACCCGCGCGCUGGUGCGGCUGCGGCUGCGGCUGCCCGGCAAGGACACCACCGCCUAUAUACGAAUAAAAGCGAACGUGACGGGCGCGCCGCUGGUAGUGGUGGUGGAGGCGGCGGCGGCGGCGGCCGGCGUCUACGCCGACCCCCUGCAGCUGCGCGCCGGCACGCGCGGCGCUCAAGACAACCCUUACACGUUCUCCAUCUCGCUGGGCAACAGCUUGGGCUCGUCGCCGGCGGUGGCGGGCGGCGCCGCGGGCUCGUGCAGCGCCGCGCCGCACGCGCCGCCCGCGCCCUCCGACGCGCCGCUCCUAGCCAACGGACACCACAACGGUGGUGCGGCAGAGGGCGUGCACAUGUCGGUGCUGCGCUCGCACCUCGAGCCGCAUCAGGGGCCGGAGCGCGCCGCGCAGCUCACACUCGACUUCGCCGCGCUGUGGGCGGGUGCGGGGGGUACGGACGGGGUGGAGGCGGCGGGGGAGGCGGGGGAGCGGUGGUGCGCGGGGUGGGCGGGGCUGGCGGGCGCCGCGCUGCCGUACAGCGUGCGGCUGCUGCCCGGCACGCUGCGGCUGCCCACCGAUCUGCAGUCAGUACAUUACACACUUUAUACGGACGGGGUGGAGGCGGCGGGGGAGGCGGGGGAGCGGUGGUGCGCGGGGUGGGCGGGGCUGGCGGGCGCCGCGCUGCCGUACAGCGUGCGGCUGCUGCCCGGCACGCUGCGGCUGCCCACCGAUCUGCAGUCAGUACAUUACACACUUUAUACGGACGGGGUGGAGGCGGCGGGGGAGGCGGGGGAGCGGUGGUGCGCGGGGUGGGCGGGGCUGGCGGGCGCCGCGCUGCCGUACAGCGUGCGGCUGCUGCCCGGCACGCUGCGGCUGCCCACCGAUCUGCAGUCAGUACAUUACACACUUUAUACGGACGGGGUGGAGGCGGCGGGGGAGGCGGGGGAGCGGUGGUGCGCGGGGUGGGCGGGGCUGGCGGGCGCCGCGCUGCCGUACAGCGUGCGGCUGCUGCCCGGCACGCUGCGGCUGCCCACCGAUCUGCAGUCAGUACAUUACACACUUUAUACGGACGGGGUGGAGGCGGCGGGGGAGGCGGGGGAGCGGUGGUGCGCGGGGUGGGCGGGGCUGGCGGGCGCCGCGCUGCCGUACAGCGUGCGGCUGCUGCCCGGCACGCUGCGGCUGCCCACCGAUCUGCAGUCAGUACAUUACACACUUUAUACGGACGGGGUGGAGGCGGCGGGGGAGGCGGGGGAGCGGUGGUGCGCGGGGUGGGCGGGGCUGGCGGGCGCCGCGCUGCCGUACAGCGUGCGGCUGCUGCCCGGCACGCUGCGGCUGCCCACCGAUCUGCAGUCAGUACAUUACACACUUUAUACGGACGGGGUGGAGGCGGCGGGGGAGGCGGGGGAGCGGUGGUGCGCGGGGUGGGCGGGGCUGGCGGGCGCCGCGCUGCCGUACAGCGUGCGGCUGCUGCCCGGCACGCUGCGGCUGCCCACCGAUCUGCAGUCAGUACAUUACACACUUUAUACGGACGGGGUGGAGGCGGCGGGGGAGGCGGGGGAGCGGUGGUGCGCGGGGUGGGCGGGGCUGGCGGGCGCCGCGCUGCCGUACAGCGUGCGGCUGCUGCCCGGCACGCUGCGGCUGCUGCCCGGCACGCUGCGGCUGCCCACCGAUCUGCAGUCAGUACAUUACACACUUUAUACGGACGGGGUGGAGGCGGCGGGGGAGGCGGGGGAGCGGUGGUGCGCGGGGUGGGCGGGGCUGGCGGGCGCCGCGCUGCCGUACAGCGUGCGGCUGCUGCCCGGCACGCUGCGGCUGCCCACCGAUCUGCAGUCAGUACAUUACACACUUUAUACGGACGGGGUGGAGGCGGCGGGGGAGGCGGGGGAGCGGUGGUGCGCGGGGUGGGCGGGGCUGGCGGGCGCCGCGCUGCCGUACAGCGUGCGGCUGCUGCCCGGCACGCUGCGGCUGCCCACCGAUCUGCAGUUUAAUCUUUUAUUUCUCUUCUCGGCCUUCACUGGCUGGCGCGGCGCACCGCCAGUGCAGCACAAGGCCGCACUGGCAGGAUCGCCAUGUGAGGUGGGACUACAUUACACACUUUAUACGGACGGGGUGGAGGCGGCGGGGGAGGCGGGGGAGCGGUGGUGCGCGGGGUGGGCGGGGCUGGCGGGCGCCGCGCUGCCGUACAGCGUGCGGCUGCUGCCCGGCACGCUGCGGCUGCCCACCGAUCUGCAGUCAGUACAUUACACACUUUAUACGGACGGGGUGGAGGCGGCGGGGGAGGCGGGGGAGCGGUGGUGCGCGGGGUGGGCGGGGCUGGCGGGCGCCGCGCUGCCGUACAGCGCGGCGGGGGAGGCGGGGGAGCGGUGGUGCGCGGGGUGGGCGGGGCUGGCGGGCGCCGCGCUGCCGUACAGCGUGCGGCUGCUGCCCGGCACGCUGCGGCUGCCCACCGAUCUGCAGUCAGUACAUUACACACUUUAUACGGACGGGGUGGAGGCGGCGGGGGAGGCGGGGGAGCGGUGGUGCGCGGGGUGGGCGGGGCUGGCGGGCGCCGCGCUGCCGUACAGCGUGCGGCUGCUGCCCGGCACGCUGCGGCUGCCCACCGAUCUGCAGUCAGUACAUUACACACUUUAUACGGACGGGGUGGAGGCGGCGGGGGAGGCGGGGGAGCGGUGGUGCGCGGGGUGGGCGGGGCUGGCGGGCGCCGCGCUGCCGUACAGCGUGCGGCUGCUGCCCGGCACGCUGCGGCUGCCCACCGAUCUGCAGUCAGUACAUUACACACUUUAUACGGACGGGGUGGAGGCGGCGGGGGAGUCGGGGGAGCGGUGGUGCGCGGGGUGGGCGGGGCUGGCGGGCGCCGCGCUGCCGUACAGCGUGCGGCUGCUGCCCGGCACGCUGCGGCUGCCCACCGAUCUGCAUUUUGUGACGGCGGACGAGAGCAGCAUGCGCGCGCAGGAGAUCCGCGCUCGCAACGACUUCCAGCAGCCCGUCCACAUUGUAGCCGUGGAGUUCCCGCCCGAGUUACAACAACACUUCGAAACGGAGUCUUGGGCCGGGGUCUCGCUGGCGGCGGGCGCGGAGGCGCGGGUGGCGCGGCUGCGGCUGCGGCGGCGCGACGCCGACGCCGCGCUGCAGGCCCGCCUCCGAGUGCGCACCAACCUCACGCACACCGCCUACUCUGUGGCCGUGCUGCUGUACGGCGGACACCUGCACAUCGAGUGGCAGUGGCCGGGCGCGGACGCGCGCACGCUGCCGCUGGGCGCGCUGGCCACGUCGUCGACGCGGCGCGUGGUGGCGCGCGUGCGCAACCCUGCGCCCGCGCCGCUGUGCGCCACCGCGCACGCCGCGCUGCCCGGCGCCACGCUCGCGCUCAGCGCCGAGGUCGUUACACUUACACGCCACACGCUACCACUACCCCGUCCCGUGCGCGGCGCCGUGUGGCUGCAGGCGCCGGCCGCGCGCGCCGAGACGGCCGUGUCGCUGACCGCGCGCGCCGGCGCGUUGCGCGCGCGCCUGCUGCACGCCCGCCAAGCCGACGACUGCCAGGCCGCGCCGGCGCCGGCCGCGCGCGCCGAGACGGCCGUGUCGCUGACCGCGCGCGCCGGCGCGUUGCGCGCGCGCCUGCUGCACGCCCGCCAAGCCGACGACUGCCAGGCCGCGCCGGCGCCGGCCGCGCGCGCCGAGACGGCCGUGUCGCUGACCGCGCGCGCCGGCGCGUUGCGCGCGCGCCUGCUGCACGCCCGCCAAGCCGACGACUGCCAGGCCGCGCCGGCGCCGGCCGCGCGCGCCGAGACGGCCGUGUCGCUGACCGCGCGCGCCGGCGCGUUGCGCGCGCGCCUGCUGCACGCCCGCCAAGCCGACGACUGCCAGGCCGCGCCGGCGCCGGCCGCGCGCGCCGAGACGGCCGUGUCGCUGACCGCGCGCGCCGGCGCGUUGCGCGCGCGCCUGCUGCACGCCCGCCAAGCCGACGACUGCCAGGCCGCGCCGGCGCCGGCCGCGCGCGCCGAGACGGCCGUGUCGCUGACCGCGCGCGCCGGCGCGUUGCGCGCGCGCCUGCUGCACGCCCGCCAAGCCGACGACUGCCAGGCCGCGCCGGCGCCGGCCGCGCGCGCCGAGACGGCCGUGUCGCUGACCGCGCGCGCCGGCGCGUUGCGCGCGCGCCUGCUGCACGCCCGCCAAGCCGACGACUGCCAGGCCGCGCCGGCGCCGGCCGCGCGCGCCGAGACGGCCGUGUCGCUGACCGCGCGCGCCGGCGCGUUGCGCGCGCGCCUGCUGCACGCCCGCCAAGCCGACGACUGCCAGGCCGCGCCGGCGCCGGCCGCGCGCGCCGAGACGGCCGUGUCGCUGACCGCGCGCGCCGGCGCGUUGCGCGCGCGCCUGCUGCACGCCCGCCAAGCCGACGACUGCCAGGCCGCGCCGGUCAGUCGUUACACUUACACGCCACACGCUACCACUACCCCGUCCCGUGCGCGGCGCCGUGUGGCUGCAGGCGCCGGCCGCGCGCGCCGAGACGGCCGUGUCGCUGACCGCGCGCGCCGGCCGCGCCGGUCAGUCGUUACACUUACACGCCACACGCUACCACUACCCCGUCCCGUGCGCGGCGCCGUGUGGCUGCAGGCGCCGGCCGCGCGCGCCGAGACGGCCGUGUCGCUGACCGCGCGCGCCGGCGCCUUGCGCGCGCGCCUGCUGCACGCCCGCCAAGCCGACGACUGCCAGGCCGCGCCGUGGGCGAGCGGCUGGGCGCCGGCGCUGGUGGUGGAGAGCACGAUGGCGCUGAAGAUGAAGCUGACGCUGGUCGAGCCGCAGCCGCCCGACCCCGCGCUCGUCUUUAUACCACCCGAAGACCCCGAAGCGUGGUGGAUCGGUCCCGGCACAAACACCAUUGGCCACGUACAAUACCUGCCCGAGCUGGCCUGCGGCUCCGCCUGCUACACCGGGCUGGCCAUAGAUAAAGAAGAGUGGCUUCAGACGUCGUUGGAGGCAGACUUGGAGUUGUUGUUGAAAAGGCGGGCGCUGUAUGACACGGAGCGGCUGCGGGCCGUGAGGAACGUGUCGCUCGCCAUAGACACGACUGAGAUGGUCCGGAUCCCCGUGUCGGGCUGGGUGCGCGUGGGCUGGCCGCGGCUGGUGGGCGGCGCGGGCGCGGGCUGGGCUGGGCUGGCGGGCGUCGGCGCCGGCGCCGCGCGCUGGCUGCGCGUGCGCAACCCCGCGCACCACCCGCUCGCCCUGCAGCUCGCCGUGGCCGGCUACACCGCCGCUGUGCUCCACGAGGACAUACUUCUGGAGAUCGAAGAAUGCGCACACAGGCAAUGCGUAUACGUCCCCGGCGUGUUCACGGCGUCCGAGUGGCGCGCCGUGCGCGGCGUGGUGGCGCCGCUGCGGGCCGGAGACGACGCCGAGCUGCCCGCGCUGCUGCUCGGCCCCAGGGCUGAGAUAGAACUCAAGAUAGACUUCCUACCGCCCGAGGCUGAAAUGUACUCUGCAGUACUUUUCCUUAGGAAUAAUUUAACAAUAGUGGAGGCGGUGCAGCUGGGCGGGCGCGGCGCCGUGCCGCGCUUCGAGCUGGGCGGCCGCCCAGCGCACCGGCACCAGCACCAGCCCAUACUCCUGCAGAUUCCGGAUUGCGAGGAGGGCCAAGAGUGCGAAGCCACCGUCACCAACUCGGAGGAGUCGCGCUGGGAGGUCCGGCGCACAGUGCUGGCGCGCAACACGGGCGCCGUGCCGCUGCGCCUGCGCGCCUGGCGCCUCGCCGGCGAGCCCUGCGCCGCGCGCGGCUUCAAGCUCGACCCCUGCACACCGCUCACUCUACAACCUAAUGAGACUCGCGCGUUGACCUUGUCUUUUAGAACUGAUUGCUCGCUUGCGAGAGUUCCCUGUCCGUUAACACUUCGAUCAGACUCCGGUCCGGCGGCCUUCAGGCUCCUAGGCGCAGUACCCGCCCGAUUAUUACCGAUUUGUGCUCGGCAGCAGCCUCGGCCGGCGUGGGAACCGGCGUUACGCGCGUCCGGCGCGCUGCUCGCCGUCGUCGCGCUGGCGCUAGUUCUCGCCGCCGCCGCGCUUGACGCCGAGCGCUUACUCCGGCGCGCGAGAGACGCGAGACAAACUCCAGCGCCGCGUGCGCCUUUAGAUUUAAGAGCGUUAGCGCGGGAACAACCUACAACGGUACCUCCCCCACCGGCCGCGCCGCGGCGGCGUAAACCGCGCCGAACGCAACCGCCGCUCGAUCCGGCGGCCGAACGUAGAGCUUUCGAACACUGGCGGGCAGAAAUGCUCAGACGCGACGCGCCGCGAGCGGAAGACGAGUCGUCUCGGUCGAGCGAAGAUGCCGAUACGCCGCCUCAACCCAAUAUUGAACCUGCACAGCCGCAGCCGCCUUCGGAGCCGCCGCCGGACGCGUCCGACACAGAACCGGACACGGAAGAACAACCGCGCACUCCGACCGACUCGGACGCGGCAUCCGGCACGGACUCGUCGUCGCCUCCCGACGACCCCGACGAGCCGCCCGUGGUCCUGGCGCCGACGCCGACUUGCGCGCCGCCGCCACCGCGCAGCGAGCCGCCGCCGGAGCCGCGCGGCGCGGCGGCGGCGCGCUCGGCGAGGCGGGACACCACCACCACCACCAGCACCGGCGGCGGCGGCGGCGGCUCGCCCACGCGGCGCUGCGAGCCGCCGGCGAGGCCGCGCGCCCUGCCCGGGAAACAUCAUACUCGUAAAGACAAGGUGUCGAAGCGACGCAGCGAGCGGCCCGCAGCAGCGGCGCGCGUGUCGCCGCCGCAGGGCGAGGCGCGGCCGGCGGGGGUGGGGGGUGGCGGUGCGGUGGGGGGAGUGGGGGGAGGCGCGCUGCGCUGGGGCGCCUCGUGGUCCAGCGUCGUGGCGGCCGGCGCGCUGCCGCCCAUCGGAGACCCCGUGCGCAGGUCCCCUCCCUCCUUGGCGCCGGCGCCGGCGCCGGCGGCCGACCAGUCGCUGUUCUACUACAACGACGCGCACGCGCUGCGCGCGCAGCAGCCGCCGCCCUCGCCCUCGCCCUCGCCCGCCUGGCGCCCGCACGAGCGCUCGCCCUUCGACGCGCCGCGCCCGAGGGACUACCGAGGUGAGUGGUGGCGCUGGGGCGCUGCAGACAGGAAGGGGAACGACGACCUGUUCUACUACAACGACGCGCACGCGCUGCGCGCGCAGCAGCCGCCGCCCUCGCCCUCGCCCUCGCCCGCCUGGCGCCCGCACGAGCGCUCGCCCUUCGACGCGCCGCGCCCGAGGGACUACCGAGGUGAGUGGUGGCGCUGGGGCGCUGCAGACAGGAAGGGGAACGACGACCUGUUCUACUACAACGACGCGCACGCGCUGCGCGCGCAGCAGCCGCCGCCCUCGCCCUCGCCCUCGCCCGCCUGGCGCCCGCACGAGCGCUCGCCCUUCGACGCGCCGCGCCCGAGGGACUACCGAGGUGAGUGGUGGCGCUGGGGCGCUGCAGACAGGAAGGGGAACGACGACCUGUUCUACUACAACGACGCGCACGCGCUGCGCGCGCAGCAGCCGCCGCCCUCGCCCUCGCCCUCGCCCGCCUGGCGCCCGCACGAGCGCUCGCCCUUCGACGCGCCGCGCCCGAGGGACUACCGAGGUGAGUGGUGGCGCUGGGGCGCUGCAGACAGGAAGGGGAACGACGACCUGUUCUACUACAACGACGCGCACGCGCUGCGCGCGCAGCAGCCGCCGCCCUCGCCCUCGCCCUCGCCCGCCUGGCGCCCGCACGAGCGCUCGCCCUUCGACGCGCCGCGCCCGAGGGACUACCGAGGUGAGUGGUGGCGCUGGGGCGCUGCAGACAGGAAGGGGAACGACGACCUGUUCUACUACAACGACGCGCACGCGCUGCGCGCGCAGCAGCCGCCGCCCUCGCCCUCGCCCUCGCCCGCCUGGCGCCCGCACGAGCGCUCGCCCUUCGACGCGCCGCGCCCGAGGGACUACCGAGGUGAGUGGUGGCGCUGGGGCGCUGCAGACAGGAAGGGGAACGACGACCUGUUCUACUACAACGACGCGCACGCGCUGCGCGCGCAGCAGCCGCCGCCCUCGCCCUCGCCCUCGCCCGCCUGGCGCCCGCACGAGCGCUCGCCCUUCGACGCGCCGCGCCCGAGGGACUACCGAGUUCCAGACGACGGUCACACCAUGAACGGCACGCACGCGUACGGCACCAUCGGGUCGCCGUGGAGCAGCUCGCUGUGGACGGCGGGCACCCUCCGUCCGCCGCCCGGGUUCGGGCCGCGCGCGCCGCCGUGCCCGCCCGCCGCCGUCUCCGUCCCGCAGCCCUCCCCCUCCCCCGCGCCGCCGCCGGUGCGCGCCUUCGACCCCUUCCACUCGCUGGCCUCCAUCUGGGCGCCCGCCGCCUUCGACUGGCGCGCCGACCCCGUGCGCCCGCCGCACCCCCCUCCCCCGCCCCGCAAACACAACUGAACUGUCGGCGCCGACUUAUAUCACGAUACGCUUGCCGAACGUUCGAACCUCUAAACUGCUAUUCCGAUUGAAUACAUGUUUAUUCGAUAUCAUUCAGUAUUUCGUAGGAAUUGAUUCUAAUUUUUUUAUUGCUAAUGUUACAAAAUUACCUUUCGCCGAUUUACAGCAGAAUUAUUUUGCCCACGAUGACGGGCAACUUUUCACAUGUUCCCUGAGAAAACUUUCUUUAUCACUAAUAAAUUUAAUAGGUUUUAUUGAAGUUGAAAAUAAUUACGUGUCAAGUUUGACUUUUCGACCCAAAAUGAAUGACAUCGGUAAGUGUAUUGUAAUGUGAGGAGCGAUGACGUUCCCCCGCCCCCCCGGCGCCGGUGUCUAGUCAUGUGUCCCCACCGGCGGCCGCCGAACAAAGCGAUCGUCUGUGCAAGACUGAAUAAACUUACAACAAACGUA